CACCCCUGGCGGCGGUCCGGCGGCGGUUUGGCAUCCCCUCUUCGACGCAAAAGACAUCAGGAAGCGGGAUCUCUCCUUCUGCAUCCGUUGGACUCUUCUAUCGCUAGUUAGGAUGGCUCCAAAGAGGACACGUGGUGUAUCCAUGUUGGAUAGAUUACAGGCUUGUUCAUCAUCUCAGUCCAAUCAUGAUGAGUCACAGCAACAAUCACUUUCAGCAUAUAAUACUUAGCUACAUAGACAGUGAUCAGAGAUCACAUUAUCUCAGUCACAGUCAUCAGAUGUUGCAGGAGGAGAUGAAACGACGACUUGAGGAGGUACCUGAGGACGAGCGCACAUUAGAACUAAAAGAUCGUAUCUUUGUGGAGGCACCAUCAGAGGAGACCAUUAGAAAGAUUCGUGAUGAGCUUCGGAUUGAGUUUGAUGAUAAGAUUUUCUACUUGGAGGCACAGCUCCAUCAGAUGCGUGUUCAGAUGGCGAGUGGAUGUUUUGCGCUCAAUCCAGUAGGUACUCCUCAUUCGGUGCCAUCCAGUAGUGGACAGAUUCCAGAUGCAUCUAGUGCUCACCAAACACAUGCAUUGGAAAAUGAGAGAUUCACCCAUAUGCCUGAUGAGGUUUGUGAUGAUAUUCUUGUUGUCCGGAUUUUUCUUCGAACUAUCAUUUUUAAUAGUUUUGUCGUUAGAUGUAUUACAAGGAGAAAAAUAUGAAAAAAUAUUUCAAAAAAGUUAUCCAAAUGUCCUUCUAAAGAAAACAUAGGCAGUAUCAAUUGCUCAACCUUCUAAAGAAAACUACAAAUUCAUAGAAUUUUUUGAUGAACUGCAAAUUUAUAGAAUCGAAAUCUAAAUAUUAACCUUCUAGACAAAUUAUACAUUAAACUGAUGAAUAACAAUAUUACCCUCCACCCAAGAUGACUAUUCUGAUAAAUUCCAUAGUUUUUAGUUGACAAAAAGAUAUUUAACAAAGGCGACGCAUUGGCUGCCUUUUCAUAGUGUUUUUCACGGAAAUUACAAAGAAAAUGUUAUGCAUAUCCUUGAAUCUGUUUCCUAGCAAUUUUCACAUGCAUAUGUUGUGCAUGUGCUGCAUAAAUUGGUAAAAAUUUCUCCACUUCAGCUUAUGACAUCCAGACUGUAGGACCACUUAUAGAACCUACUUUCCAUGAAUAACAGAAAUCAGAUGAUGAACCAUUGUUUCAGAAAGACCCUUUUGCUUUAUUUCAAUAGUUAUAUUUUACUCAAGCUCAUGAAUUCAGAACACUUUGUUUUUUUUUUUCCCCUUUAGAAAACAAGCAUGAUGUGCUGAUUAAUUGCUAAAAUUGUAACUUGUGAUGUACUUGUGACAUUGCUGAGUAACUCAUUUGAAGUAAAAUCCACUGAAAACCAUCCAUGAACAGACUGUCCAUUCACAGAGUAAGUUGUAUCUCUCUUUGGAAAUGCAGUUAAUAUAGUUGUAGAAUUAUCGAGUUUCAAAUCUGAACGGCAAAUACCAGCCCCGUCUUUGGUCAAUUGCAGAUCACAUAGCAGAACAGUUUCUUUCAAGCUUGUUGCCAAUGCAAACUGGUAUGCAAAUUUACUGGACUCAGGAAAGAUCCCUGAAUAGCCACCACGUGCUAUGACUAAUGGAGC